AGGGUUAACGAGAAGCUAUAAAAACCUCCCCACUCAAUCCAAUCAAACUCCGCUCACUCCAAUCAGUCUUCUUCUCUAGAGAAAAAUCCCCACCCAUAGAAACCCUAAAGAAGAUGCAGCGAUGUUCGGGAGGAACGGUCGAUCUCUCUCAGCUCCAAGCAACCAUGCAAGCAAUCGAGCAAGCCUGCAGUUCGAUCCAGAUGCAUAUGAAUCCAGCAGCAGCUGAGGCAACCAUUUUAGCUCUCCGCCAGUCUCCUCAGCCGUAUCAGUCAUGCCAAUUCAUUCUUGAAAAUUCUCAGCUUGCAAAUGCAAGGUUUCAGGCUGCUGCAGCAAUCCGAGAUGCAGCAAUACGGGAAUGGGGAUUCCUCACACCUGAGGAUAAGAGAGGCUUGAUAACCUUUUGCCUUUGCUUUGUCAUGAAACAUGCAGAUUCAACUGAUGCCUACGUACAAGCAAAGGUUUCUGCUGUUGGUGCUCAGUUGAUGAAAAGAGGCUGGCCAGACUUCACUGUAGCAGAGCGAGAGGCCUUUUUCGCUGAGGUAAAGCAGGCUGUUCUUGGCAUUCAUGGUGUAGACGCACAAUCCACAGGGAUCAAUUUUCUUGAAUCCUUGGUGUCGGAAUUUUCGCCCUCUACUUCUACUGCUAUGGGCCUCCCUGCAGAGUUUCACGAGCAGUGUCGGGCUUCUUUAGAGCUGGAUUAUUUGAAGACUUUCUAUUGCUGGGCCCAAGAUGCUGCACUAAGAGUUGCAGAUAAAAUAGCAGGAUGUAAUGCCACUGUCUCAGAAGUUAAAGUUUGUUCGACUGCGCUGCGUCUCAUGUUUCAAAUCUUGAAUUGGAAUUUCCAAUCCACUAAAAGUGCAGCUCAGGGUACCAAGAGCAGAAUACAUCCAUUUACAUCUGGAGUUAGACAUGAUACCAUGUUGCUAAAGAAGUCUGACUGUGUCUUGGUACAGCCAGGGCCCGCGUGGCAUGAUAUUUUGAUUUCUAGUGGCCAUGUUGCAUGGCUUUUGGGUUUAUAUGGGACACUGCGACAAAAGCUUUCGCAUGAUGGUAGUUGGAUUGAUUCUCCUCUUGCAGUUUCUGCUCGACAGCUUAUAGUACAGUUAUGUUCCUUGACUGGGAAUAUAUUUCCUUCAGAUAAUGGGCAAGUGCAAGAAAAACACCUGCUACAAAUGCUGUGUGGAAUUGUCCAAUGGAUCGAUCCUCCAGAUGCUAUACCAACUGCGAUCAAAUGUGGAAAAAGCGAAAGUGAGAUGCUUGAUGGCUGCCGUGCAUUGCUUUCAAUUGCAACUCUAGCUACUCCCGUGGUGUUUGACAAUCUUCUGAAAUCUAUUAGGCCCUUUGGUACCAUUAGUCUGUUAUCUGCCUUGACAUGUGUAGUAGUAAGAGCAAAUGCAGCUAAUGAUAAUGAAGAAGAAACAUGGAAUUCAGAUGCUCUGGAUAUCUUGUUGGAUACAUGGAAUGUCCUUUUGGAGCCAACAGAUCUUGGCAAGAACUCCCUUUCACAUGAAGGAAUAAAUGCUGCUGCCACUGUCUUCAAUGUGAUCAUUGAAUCUGAGUUAAAGGCUGCUGCCGAUUCUGCUUUUGAUGAUGGUGAUGACUCCGAUAAUUUUCAGGCCUCAAUUUCAGCAAGAGAUGAAAGGCUAAGCUCCUAUGCCCUUAUUGCACGAGCAGCAGCUGCCUUCACCAUUCCGUUUCUCACUAGGCUGCUUUCGGAACGCUUUGCAGUGCUUCAUCAGGGCAGGGGAAAAGCUGAUCCCACUCGCACGCUGGAGGAACUUUACUGGCUCUUACUAUUAACUGGGCAUGUUCUCGCAGAUGCAGGGGAGGGAGAGACACCACUGGUACCGGAGUCACUACAAGUCCAGUUUUCGGAUGUUGUGGAAGCAGCACAACAUCCUGUAGUUGUACUUUCUGGAUCAAUCAUAAGUUUUGCAGAGCAGAGUUUAGAUCAAGAAAUGAGAGCAUCAUUUUUCAGUCCUCGAGUCAUGGAGGCAGUGGUGUGGUUCCUUGCAAGAUGGGCGGAUACAUAUCUAAUGCCCCUUGAAGCUGGUAAAGUACAUAAUUGUACUGCAGAGAAUGAAUUUGAACAGCUACAUGAGUCACAUCUUUCCAGAAAGGCUCUACUUAGUUUUUGUGGAGAUCAUGAUCAGGGGAAACGGGUGCUUGACGUUAUUGUUCGUAUUUCCAUGACAACACUUACUUCAUAUCCUGGAGAGAAUGAUCUGCAGGCACUCACUUGUUACCAGCUACUUCCCUCGCUUGUUCGACGAAGAAAUGUCUGUGUUCACCUUGUCGCAUUGGACUCAUGGCAUAGCAUAGCAAAUGCUUUUGCAAAUGAUAGGACUUUGUUCUCACUAACUGCUCCUUUGCAACGUUCACUUGCAGAAUCACUAUGUCGUUCAGCUUCAGGCAUGAAAACUUCAGAGGCAUCCAAUCAGUAUGUGAGGGAUCUCAUGGGACAGAUGACAGUAUACCUAAUAGAUAUAUCCACCAAGAAUGACCUGAAAGCUGUCGCUCAACAACCAGAUGUUAUUCUUUUGGUCAGUUGUUUGUUGGAGCGGUUGAGAGGAGCAGCUAGAGCCACUCAGCCUCGAACUCAAAAGGCUAUAUUCGACAUAGGUGCAGCUGUAAUGAGCCCCAUUUUGACUCUUAUAGAAAUUUAUAAAAACGAGUCUGCAGUUGUCUACGUGUUACUUAAAUUUGUGGUCGACUGGGUGGAAGGGCAAGUCGUGUUUCUGGAGGCUAAAGACACUGCAGUUUUAGUUAGUUUUUGCAUGCAGUUACUACAAAUCUACUCCUCUCACAAUAUUGGCAAGAUCUCAUUGAGUCUUUCAAGCAGCUUGCUGAGCGAGGUGAAGACUGAGAAGUAUAAGGAUUUGCGAGCACUGCUUCAACUCCUCACAAAUCUCUGUUCAAAAGAUCUGGUUGACUUCUCUUCAGGUUCUGAUGAGGUCGAGAAAACAGAUAUCGGUCAGGUUGUUUACUUGGGCCUGCACAUAGUUACCCCUCUGAUAUCUUUGGACCUUCUGAAAUACCCUAAACUCUGUCAUGAUUAUUUUGCACUGCUAUCACAUAUGUUGGAGGUCUAUCCUGAAAAGGUUGCACAGUUAAAUACUGAAUCAUUUGCGCACACAAUUGGAACUCUCGACUUUGGUCUUCGUCAUCAGGACACUGAAGUUGUUAACAUGUGCCUGAGUGCCCUAAACGCACUUGCUUCCUACCAUUACAAGGAGAGAAGUGCUGGUAGAGAUGGUUUAGGAGCCCAUGCAGCAGGUUUUGAGGACCCAAAUGGAAAUUUUCAUGAAGGCAUUUUAAGCCAGUUUCUACAGUCACUGCUGCGGUUACUUCUUUUUGAAGAUUACAGCACUGAACUUGUUGGUGCAGCGGCGGAUGCUCUCCUUCCAUUGAUCCUCUGCGAACAAGGUCUAUAUCAGAGGUUGGGGCACGAGCUACUAGAGAGGCAGGCGAAUCCCCCAGUGCGGUCGAGGCUGGCUAGUGCAUUGCAGUCUCUUACAAGCUCAAACCAGCUCUCUUCUUCACUUGACCGGAUGAAUUACCAGAGAUUUAGGAAGAAUCUCUACAACUUCUUGAUUGAAGUUCGUGGGUUUCUCCGGACUAUGUGAUAUCGCGGAUCUGGAAAGUUCCAUUAAAGAAAAAACACAAAUCCAUUUGCUAUCAUUUUCAGUGUCACAAAGUCUGUGAGUCAAUAGAGGGAAAGGGUUUUGUGGUUCACAGUGAUGAAGUUGUAGACAAAGUGGCCUUCCUUGUGCAUAUAUACACAGAUCUCGUGAUUGGCUAGAGUGCUACCGACCAUGUUAGAUCUCCCUGAUGCAAAUGCAUAAGUAGCCUGCCAUGGCUUUCGGACAUUCCAUUCAUGAUCGAUGAUAGUCAACUGUCCGGAUGCAAAGGUUUGGGUCUUGCCGAUCAAUCGCUACAUGCAAACAGACCCUUCUCAAUAGGGUUCUUGGAUUUGUUGGCUUUGAGAUCUCUGGUCUUCCAUGGUAUUUGAUGUGAGAUUUCUUGUUCUUUUUCUUUUUCUUUUUAUUGAACAAUGCCCAGAUACUUCUUCUGAAUACCAGCUCAUAGAUUACAAUUUUUGAACCGUAUCAAGGCCGGUGUCCUCUGCUAUCUCCCAAGGUGCAAAGGAGCAGCACAGUAUUUGGGUAACCUCGGUUCGGACAUGAGGAAAUUUUUUCAAGGAUUUUUCAGCUCCCAGGGGGAUUUUUAGAUGCAACUGUAAUGUAUAUUGAAAUGCAAUUUUGGUGUUGAUUGUAGCAAGAGAGAUGACGUUAUACCCAUCUUUGUUUUCCUA